AUGGAUAAAUUUCGUAUGAUGUUCCAGUUUUUGCAGUCCAAUCAAGAAUCGUUCAUGAAUGGCAUCUGUGGGAUUAUGGCUCUUGCUAGCGCGCAGUUAUAUUCUGCUUUUGAGUUCAGUUGUCCAUGUUUACCGGAGUACAACUACGCAUAUGGGAUCGGGAUCUUAGUUAUUCCACCGAUUUGGUUUUUCUUACUGGGGUUUGUCUUGAACAAUAACGUGUCAAUGCUCGCAGAAGAGUGGAGGCGGCCAGCAGGAAAGCGUAAAAAAGACCCGACGGUACUGCGUUACAUGUUAUGUUCCAUUUCGCAGCGUUCUUUGAUAGCGCCUGUUGUUUGGAUAUCCGUGACACUGAUGGACGGAAAGAGUUUCCUUUGUGCGUUUAGCAUCACCUUGGACGUGAAUCAGUUUGGAAAUAAAAGCAAUCACGGACUCUCAGAUGCGGAUCUCGAAAAAUUACUGGCCAAAAUUCCAUGCAAGCAUAUCUUUGAUGGGCACGAAAUUAUAUCGCGAGAUGCGGCUUCCAGGUACCUUCGCUGUGUAUCACAGGCUUUCGGCUGGCUCUUCCUGUUGCUAUUGACUUUUCUUGCUUUUAUGGUGAGAGCGAUCAGACCUUGCUUCACGCAAGCUGCUUUUCUCAAGACCAAGUACUGGUCCCAUUACAUCGACAUAGAGCGCAAGAUGUUUGAUGAGACCUGUACGGAGCAUGCCAAAAGCUUUGCCAAGGUGUGCAUUCAGCAGUACUUCGAGAGCAUCAGCGGAGAGAUGUGCGGCUUCCACAGCCAGCGAGCCCACAAGGACGAUGGCGAUGACGAAGAAGACAAACGCAAGAGCGACACGGAGAAGCUCCUCGGGAUACGGGCCCAGGAUGACAUGAACAAAGUUCUCUGGAACUGGCACACCUGCAAACCAUCACUCGACCUAAAAAAGGACCCACCCAUUAAUGGAGAUGCCAAUGCAAAUGGUUUCAUGAAUGGUUCUGUACACCACGCACAUGCCCCACCAAAGAAAGAGUGGGUAACUUACUAUAGCAAGGUCUGA